AUGGCCUCGCCCGCACACACGCCAGCUGCCAGCUCGGCAGAAAACGACGCCAGCUCAAAGUCACUGGAGCGAAUGGCUCGCUUCAAAGCCCUCCAGGCUCGAGCCAAGUCCUCUUCGGCGUCCAACCUGAAGGAAGCGACGAGGGAGUCGCAAAGACUAGGUACCGACCAGGCGCAGCUCGCCGCCCUCCAACGCAAGCAAGACAUCGCAGCCCACAAGCUCCUCAAGGCCGAGGUCGAAGACGCCGGCGAGGACUUUGAGCGCAAGCGCGCCUGGGACUGGACCGUAGACGAGAGCGAAAAGUGGGAUAAGCGCAAGAAGAAAAAGGCCGCCCACCGGGACAACAACGCCUUCAGAGAUCCCCAGCAGGAAAGCAACAAGGUGUACAAGAGGCAGCUGAGGAACAUCGCCCCGGACACGGAGCGGUACGAGAAGCAAAAGCUGGCAGCCAUUGAAAAAGCGGCUGCGUCCGGGGGACUGGACAUUGUCGAGACCGAGGACGGCGAGCUCAUCGCCAUUGACAAGGACGGGUCCUUCUACUCGACUGCCGACAGCACAAGCUUCGCACAGAGCAAACCAGACAAGGCCGCCGUCGAUCGGCUGGUGGCAGAUCUACGGCGUGCCGAAGAACAAAGAUUGAAGAAACGCAAGGAGCGCAUGGCAAGGAACGGGGACGAUGGGGACGUGACCUACAUCAACGAAAAGAACAAGCAAUUCAACCAGAAACUAGCGCGGUUCUAUGACAAGUAUACGUCAGAUAUCCGGGACAGUUUUGAGAGAGGCACCAUGGUAUGA